UUUCAAAUUGGGAUGUUUGUACUCUGAGGAACUCUAUCAGAUAAAUUAUUAAUUUGAAAAUAUUAAAUAAAUUUGUCAGAUCUUUUUCCGUUUUUACAAGACAUACCGAGUCAGACUCUAUUUUUUUAAGCUAUGGCAUUUCUCAUGAAUCAAAUGCUGGGCAGCAAGUUGAAGAGUUUUGCUGAUGGAGGUGGCGAAGGUGGCAGCAAAGCUGGAGCAGAUGGAAAAGAAACGGCCGAGUCCAAAGGCAUGUCCAGGGAGGAGUUUGAGGAAUACCAGAAGCAGCUGGUGGAAGAAAAGAUUCAACGAGACAAAGACUUUACAACAAAAAAGGCUGAGAGGGCAAACCUGAGAGUCGCACUCAGAGACAAAUACCGACUACCGGAUAGCGCUCUCGACGGCGCCAUGAUUCAGAUGGCCGGAGACGACGUUGACCUGCCGGAGGAACUGGCCAAAAUGGUGGAUGAAGACGAGGAGGAGGAGGAGACCAGCAAUUCGUUCCUCAACAAGCUUCAAAACAUGGACCUGGACGAACUGAAAACCAAGGCCCAGAGCAGAGUGAGCGAGCUCAGGCAGACUGCGGAGGACAAAUGUGUCCUCAUGUGAACGCCUGCAGUACAGGCAUCGCGCCCAGACAAGCUUUGUUAUUUAAAUUUAGCUCCGGUGUCACCAUCUCUUUUUGUUUACUUGUUUUACAGAACAGCCUCAGCUCUGGACAGCUUCCUCACAUACAAGUUUCUUGUUUUCAAUGUCAGGCUUUAUUCCAGUGUCUCCAUUUCUUUCACUGGGAAACAUUUAAAUGCUUUUUAAAUGUUUGUAAAAAGACAUUAGAGAAGUUUUACGCUCACAAGGUUUGUCAAAGUCAAAUUUAUUUACAUAGCACUUUAAAAACAGGUUUAAAACUGCACCAGAGUGCUGUAGAAAAGUUAUAGUAAAAUACUGUAAGUUGAUGAAAAGAAAAGAAAAUUU